GACAAUUCCAACUCUAGAACCUUUAACAAGUACCACACUGUUCAGUGUUUCUCAUUCAACUCGCCAUCAUAAUGAAAAUUAUUAUCACGGGAGCCACAGGUUUCGUUGGGAGCGAAGUAGUCCGGCAAGCUAUUGCAGAUGAAGCGAUUACACACGCGUUCGUCCUGACCCGCAAGCCGUUGCCCGAGGAUAUCUCGAAAAGUGAGAAAAUUACCAUCAUCGAACACAAGGACUUCUCUACUUAUCCGCCGGAGCUGUUAGCUCAGCUUACCGGCGCUGAGGGUUGUGUUUGGGCGAUCGGAGGCCGAGCCACCCAGUUCCCGGAUGUGGAGACCGCACGGAAAGUCUCGGUAGACUACACUCUGGCCGCCGCCAAGGCCUUCAGCGAAGAGCUGGCAGCAGGGCUGCCGGGACCGUUUCGCUUUGUGUUUUGCAGCGGCAAGUUUGCCGAAUGGGAUCAGAAUAAAAACUUGAAGAUGAUGAAGGACACUCGGCUCAUCAAGGGACAAGUUGAGAAAGGUCUUUCUGAUAUCGCGGAGUCCAACAAGGACAAGUUCGAGGUCUGGGCUAUGCGGCCCGGUGGGAUCGUGAGGAAGUACGCCGGACUGAUAAACGCACUCACUGCCUACACGAGUGGGUUUAUUGCGGUGGACCAACUUGCCAAGGCCAUGCUCAAGAUCGUGGUUAACGGUCAUGCAAACCGGAUCAUUGAAUCUAAUGAGCUUUUGAAGAUUUGAUUUAUGUUCGACUCCUUUGCCGCUUUUCGGCUUGAAAGUGUCA